UUAAUUUUCUUUGGCUUUUGUCUCUCUGAUGCGUUGUUCCAGCUUUGUUCGGGGCGUGGCUUAUGUGUUCCUGUUGAAUUGUGGUGGGGCGAGUAGGUUUCCACAGCUGUGCUUUAUGGAGUUUGAUAUUUAGUAAUUUAGUAAAGGUCUAUAUGUUGUAGACCAGGGUCUGCUGUUUAUUUAGGUGUGCAACAUUAUAAUGUUAUUUUAUUUGUUUCCCCAAAGGGGGGCCUUUAGAGAUACCAUCAAGGAUGUUGUUUCUCAUUUUUCUUGAAUUUCUUUUGAGAUCUUUUAGCCUACUUCACGCUGUCAUACAGGUUCUAUCUAAGUAAUUUCUUAAAUAUGACUGUAAUCAAGCAUGUAUGUGGAAAUGUUGAACUUAGGUUUCCCAAAAACGUUGUUAAUUGAGUUAGCUUUUCUCCCCUUAGUUAACGAGAUCAUUAUUUGUCAAACGCAAAAACAGAAUAAUUCUGCAAGGGUAUAAAUACUUUUUCACACCAAUGUGAGUUGCAAUGGCCUGGGCAGUUUAUUUUUUGCAAUUUGUUAUUAAUAAAUAUUUAACUGAAGAGUGUCCAAGAAUGUCUAUGAUGUGGAAUGGUUAAUUGGUUUACUGAACCAUGCCUUCUAAGCGGACAGGCCUCUUGCAGCUACUGUAUCUAUUUCAUGCAGUGAUUACCAUGAUUUGCUUUGUCCACCACAUCCCAGAGGUGCUCUAUUGGACUGAGAUCUGGUGACUGAUGAGGCGAGUGUAGUACAGUGAACUCAUUGCCAUGCUCAACAGGUCAUUUUGAGAUUUGUGACAUGGUGCAUUAACCUGCUACAAAUAGCCAUCAGACGUAGUUGGGGGCCAAGAAAAUACUGAUUUCCUCACACCAUUACACCACCACCAGGUUGAACAUGUGUUCCAAAGUAGGAUGGUUCCAUGCUAAAUUCAGACCCUGUCAUCUGAAAGUUGCAACCAAGACUCAUCCUGGCAACAUUUUUCCUGUCUUUUACUGUCCAAUUUUUGUGAAGACGUGUAAAUUGUACGCUUUGUUUCCUUUAGCUUAGCUGACAUUAGUGGCUCCCAGUGUGACCUUUUGCUACUGUGGCCCAUCUGCGUCAAGGUUUGACAUAUAAUGUCCAUACCUCAUACUUUUCUAUGCUCUCGAACCAGUCUUGUCUUUUCUCCUCUGACAUCAACAAGGUAUUUUUAUCCACACAAUGACUGCUCACUGGAUAUUUUCUGUUUUCCUUUGUCUGCUAACAUGAGAGAUGGUUGUGCAUCUAAAUCCUAGUAGAUAAUUAGGUACUAAAAUAGUCACAUAACCAACAACCAUUCCACAGUCAAAGCCAAUUAAAUCCCCUUUUCUUACCCAUUUUGAUCUCAAGUUGUCUUGGUAUUCGUGUUCACAAGCAAAUAAAUAAGUGUAGUAAGAAAGUGCCUAAGGACUAGAACUUGUAAGUGCACGUUUGCAGCUAAAGCCCAUGCUAUUGCACAAUAAUAAUUAAAGAUAAUUCUUGAAAUACCUUAAAUAAACGGAGAAUACACCACUAACUGCAACAGUGUUAGGAUUAGUAUCUUAAAGUAGAGCUGAGAGGAUUAAUAUGUGUUUAAGACAUCUGUUGAUGGCUUUUCAGUGGGUUUUGAAAAGCCACAGCAUGACACCUAUGAUCGCUCAAUAAGCACCAUCCCUCCUCUGUCCUACCACCUGUUGAGUGUAUUUCAGUUUGUAGAGCUUUUAAAAGAAUAAAUCUGCUACUAUUUCCUGCCCUAUGACCUUUUAUUUAUCCAGUCAACCCUAGUCUGAUAAGGUUGAAGAUGACCAGCAUGUUUCUCAUCCCAUCUCUAAGCAGAAUUAAUAAUUGUAUUCUCUGCUUUUUUCUUUAUAAUAGGAUUGUAGCUUAUUUGUAGUCACCUUUAAACUUCCUGUGACCUUCAGCCUUUAGAGAUAGAUGCAUGAUUGUAUUUUUGUGAGAUUUUUACAUGUUCCUUAGUAUAUAAAGCCGCUCAAUGCAGCGUCACAUCAGUUGUUAGGUAAGGCAAGAUCAGGCAAGUCUUGAGUGUAAACACCGGUUUCCAUGAUGUCCGUCUACUCUCUCCUGUUUGCUAUAAUGCUGUUCUCUGAGAUGAACAGCGUCUUGGUCACUGUGGCCAUGCCUUCAACUAUGGUAGAAGAUGUUGCUACAGAACGAGAAGAUUUGGGCUCAAUUCUGGCUGAAGAGGACAUGACUGAACGUGCUGUGGUUCCUCUAAUGUACAGACGGAGCCUCACAAAUGAUGAGAGAUCCAAAAUCAUCGUUAUACCGGACAUGAACCUCAAGCGGCACAGUAUUCAUGGGCUGAACUUGGCCUUGACCCGGAGCUAUCCUCUGAUCACAGAACGAAGCCUGGAUAACACACCUCACGAGUUCACUUUGAAAAUAAAUAAACGAGAAAAAGACCUUGACAUGCUGCGUUGUAUGAUCGGAAGAGUAUACCGACCGUGUUGGGAAGCUUGAGUGAAUAUGCUACGAAACUGUCCUCCCCAUCUACUGUAUUACACCACAAACAUGUCCUUGUUCUAGAAACGUGACAAACAAGUAAAACAACAACAAUGAGACUUUAUUAAAAGGAAGCUUGCAUUGAAAUUGUACAGAAAUAAUAAAAAUUAAAACUUCAGAAGUAGUAUUUAAAUAAACAUCUGUUGACAUGUAUUAGAAACCAUGUAUGGAAGUACAUUUACAAAUAAAGUGCAUUGAUCAAA